UCUUAUUCUCUUGAUGGAACCACGCUUUCAUCUGGCACUUCAUGCGCAGAUUUGCUGUGGGUUGCAGCACAGACUCCCAGCAGCUGUAUGCCACUUUUAUGAGUCGCCUCAACCACUGUAUUUUCAUGUGGGACCAGGACGACAUGAAGGCCGCGAAGGAUGUGCAGAGCUAGAAGCUGGAGGGAGACAUCCAUCCGCGGCUGAUGUGCUUCGCUCUGUCAGCAGAAGUGAGCUAGCUCUGCAUUGCCGGAGAAUCACCCGCGGCACCAAGGAGACCCAGGCUCAGAUUCAUAGGCUCAUCCAGGCCUUUGAUGGAGAUGCUGGUCGGGACUCUCUGGGAGUGCCACUCAUCAACUCGGCCUGGAUGAGUGAAAUCAUCAAGUCCCAGUGGAAGCAUGUGGCCUGCAUCUAGGAUCCUCCAGGUGUGCAGCUCUACGCACAAACUGGCUCCAGUGUGAAGGGAGGGAACCGCCUGCCAACAUACCGCAUACUUCACUGGAGUCAUUUCACCUGCACCUGAACCGGUUCAUCCCAGGUACUCUGGCAAGUGACACCUUUUUCCAAGCCUAUCUUUUGGAUGGACUGGUACGCUGGAAUGAGGACCGGGCUGUGACAGCAACAAGGGAUGAGCAGCAGCAUCCACACUGCUACAAUCGUCUUCUUCGCCAUGCUGUGAAUACUCUGGCAGAGGAGGUUCUAAGCAAGAAGAUCAUCCCUUAUGUUGGGCCACGAAAAUACACUGAGGAACUGAUGGGAGUGGAGUACCUUUACCAGCAAACUGGUCAAGUUCUGCAGGACUACAAGCUGGCCAUACAAAAGUCAGAGAGCAGCGAGGUGGCGAUAAAGGUUCAUGAUGGUCAUGCUGAACCUGAGGAGUUUCAGGACUUCACUGUCCCCACAUUCCACCUUCAAAGGUUACCUGCUACCUCAUCAAAAGCACUGUUCUCUGUAUCUCCGUCUCCAUCCAACAGCACCCUGUCCUCCCUGUCUGUGGUCCCUCCUUCGUCUUCCACCAGCACCCUGUCCUCCCUGUCUGUGGUCCCUCCUUCAUCUUCCACCAGCACCCUGUCCUCCCUGUCUGUGGUCCCUCCUUCAUCUUCCACCAGCACGCUGUCCUCACUGUCUGUGGUCCCUACAUCAACAGUGUCACCUCCAUCCACCAGCGCCCAGUCCUCACAACAAUCCACCUCAGUCGAUGUGCUUCAUUGGGGCUCACAGUCCUGCACAGUGGCCAAACUGCAACAGAGUGGUGGAGGCCAUCUUCACAAGGCUCUGUGACCUCUACAAAAACACUGCGCUGCGAGGGAGUGAGGGUCUCACGGUUCAAAAUGGUGAUACGUGCUUAUAAGCACAUCCGAGAGUGCGUGAUCACCAACGCCAAGGUGAUGACUGAGACCCAUCCAGCUCCCAGAAGUGAAUGUUGCAACUGUCACACAAUGGUUCAGCAGGCGUUGCAGGUCUCAGGAACAGCAGAUCCUGAAGCAGGGUAUCCCCGCUCCUGACGCAGGAGCUGAGAAGCUUCUUGUGGCAAUGCAGAAAGGGACAUCUCUGUUUCGUGGCAGUUUGGCUGAGCCUCACACCUUUGUUCUGCCACCAAACACUGCUGGUGAGGCAAAGCUCCAGAAGAGAUCACAACCAGUGGCCAUCUCACAGGUCCCACCACCACCUCCAUACUAUCCUCUUCCCUUCAGUGGCGUAAUAAGGUUGUGAUUGGCCCCGGUGCAAAUAUUGUUUUGGGCCCAUCGCCCCAAACAUAAGCGCACGCUGAUGCGCUCACACACGCACGGACAUACACAACCACUCAGAAGCGCCACAUGUAUAGGCUAUCAACAACAGCCUGCCCUGGCCUCAAACCACCACAGCCUGACAACGGCACAGCGAACUAAGAAGAGGAUUAAACCUGUUUCCUUGAUGUUUGUCUCUGGGGAAUGGGCCGGUAGGCCUACAUAGACCGGUAGCUUUUGAUCUUGGCGUCGGGGGUCUCAAUAGCGCCAUAGAGUCCCCUAUUGGUUGGGGCCCUUGGGGGAACUGUUGGACCAGCCUCUCCUCCUGGCUGGCUGGAGAAGAAGGUUGCACAGCGACGGAUACAGCUUCACUUGUGGAGCUACAUGGCAAUGAUGGUGGUGAGGCAGGUGAGCUAUCGUUAGCCUCCGGCUGCCGCU